GUAUUCUUUCAUAUUAUGGUGUCAAACUCUUCCUUCUCCAACUUAACAAAUACGUUCCAGUUUUCACUGAAGCUUUUACCAUACAUGUAUUCAAUUAAGAAAGCAAUUUUGUGGUUGUAUUUACGACCCGUGCAGACUGCAGAAGAAGAAGAGUUCACGGUACUUGAGGUAAAUUGUCUAUCGACAAAUAAGUCUCUACGGACACGCAAAGUGAAGCUGGAGAGAAACAGCGAAGGCAAAGGGAAGUGGAUUACUUUUGAGACGACCAAACUAAUAAAGAAGCGGCUAAUUGCGAAAGAUGAGAACAUCCCAAUGCAGGCGACGGCCAAUAAUAAAUACGGUGUCAACCACAUUGUGCUCCUGUCUGACUACCACGAAAGCAGAGGAUAUAAACCGUAUUUGGAAAUCCAGAUGGUUCCAAACCGACGCAAAAGAAGUAAAAGAGGAGUUGGACUCCAGUGUGAUGCCACCAAAGUUGAGAACCGUUGCUGUUUGUAUCCAAUGGAAGUUACUUUCGCUGAUUUUGGAUGGAAUUGGAUAAUAAUUCCAUCAACAUAUCGUGCCAAUUAUUGCUCUGGGGAAUGUGAUAUCAAAUUACUACAGGAUUACGCACACACCUCCAUGGUCUCGAACCUGAAACAAAACAGUUCGCAGAUUAUCUGUUGUACCCCGACAGCUCUUAGUUCCCUAUCGCUGCUUUACUUCAACGAUGAUGCAGUCAUCGAACAAAGAGACUUGCCUAACAUGAUAGUUGAUAGCUGUGGUUGUAGAUAAACUUUAGUGGUGGCCUAAUUAACAACAAACAGCAAACAAACAAACAAACAAACAAACAAACAAGCACCAAACGAACAAACAAACAACAACAACAACAACAACAACACUGCUACUACCACCACCACCACCACCACCACCAC